UUUAGUUAGUUUUGAAGGAAAAAAAAGAAAUGACACAAAUAAUACAAAAAUCAUGUGAAAAAUGACAACAGAAAAAUGAGCUAAUCAAACAAGUCUCAAUUACUUUUAAUUACAUUUCAUAGAAAUAGAGACAUUUUUUUUUCUUCUUCAAAUCCUACUUAUAAUUUAGUAAAAAGAGAUGUUUAGUGCCUUUUUUGUUUGUAUUUUACUAUAAAACAGACUGAUUGAAUAGGCUAGUUUGUCUUAAAUUUAUAGAUUUUGUUCACAGAAUGGCACCUUGGACAAAAAGUUGAUUUGGACACCAUUUCCAAGCAAGAUCUGAACAACUACCUCAAGAAAUUCUAUGCCUAAGCAGCUCCAAAGAUAACGGAUAAGCACAAGAGAAAAAGAUUGAGCUUUCCAAGAGGCCAAUGCUAAAAUAAAAACCAAUCUUAAAAGUGGAUUAAACAUUCCUGUUCAGCAUAAGCCUAUCAUUCCUCCUGAACACAUGAUCAAAACCUAUAACUAUCUCAAUACAACUUAGACAACAUAGAAUCUGGUUCAUUUUGAGUGUUCAGUAUGUCAGUAGAAGGCUUUAAUUCCAUCCGAAGCUAAACAAGAACAGCCUAAAAGUUUGUACUGAUGAAAAUGGGAUGGAAUUUGUCUCGUGAUGUCCAGGAGAAGCAGAACCAGGGUGGUGCAGAAAACACAAAGAGAAUGUAUGCUCUUGGUCCUGAUGAAAAGAAGAAUUGUCCUGUGCAGGCCUUGAAACUAUAUCUUCUAAGUGUGAUCCAAAUGCUGAGAAACUCUUCUGUCAUAUACACUGCACACUGCCUAAGAGCAACUGCAACACAAGGAUUGGAUGAUGCCGGAUUUGAACUUCGACACAUAAUGUUCAUGACCGGCCAUAGAAAUGAGGCUUCUGUAAGGUCAUACAAUACAGGCGUACACAACCAGACCAAGCAGAAACUUUCAAACAUUCUGACAAAUAUUACUAUGGGGAAAAGUUCGGAGAAUGUGGGGGGCAUACUGUAGGCUUACUUACUUUAGCGGUGUACUAAUAACAGCGCUUUUAGCACUAUCGCACGUGCGCUAAUUCAUGUCUGCGCAUUAAUUUGUCCAAGCAUUUUCAUGUACAUUUUCAUUUGAUGAUGUUUUCUUCGAACUUUUGCAAAUAAAUACUCCUGAGAGUUUGCACUAGUUACACUGCUUUCUAAUUAUUUUAAGGUUCGUAUGAUAUUCCUGUUUAUUGUUCAUAUUAUUAUUUUAAAUAUAUGAUCAUGCAAAAUAAAAUAUUUAAGCUUGUA